CCUACCUUCCGUUCCUGUUAAUUGUAUCAUUGUCUUCAGCUGUGUCUUGUUAAUUUAAUCAAUUACCUUGUGUAUUUAUUCCCUUUAGCUGUUUGUCCGAUCUCGUCUAUAUUAUGUGUAAUUUCGUUUAUCUGCCUGUUUGCCUACCUGCCCGAGGUAUUACUCCUUUAUGUGUGCAUGAUUAAAAUCAUUAACUUUAUAUUCUCACUGAGUGCUCCUUCCCUCUAAACCACACCCUGAUACUGCUGUGCUAAAAACCAGUUUUACCUGUUCAUGGAAAAAAUGUUUUUACCCAGGUGCCAGCUGUCACGUCUUUGGACUCUUUUUUUGUUUUUGUCUUGUGCCAUGUGCUGUGUGCCCUGCCUUCCGUUCCUGUUAGUUGUAUCAUUGUAUCAUCACUUCAGCUGUUUCUUGUUAAUUUAGUCAAUUAUGUUGUAUAUUUAAGUCCUGUGUGUUUGAGUUCACGUUUGUCCGAUCGUCGAGGUUUAUUCGUGGUUUAUGUUCUGCCUGCCUACCUGUAUGUUAUUAUUUUGUCCGUUUGAAGAAGAUUAAAACCGUUUUUUUAAAUGGUGUCAUAUUUUAAAACAGCACUAGCAUGUAUUAUCAUAACUCAACUCAUAUAUGGUUUACAAAUAGUUGAGCAUGCUAUAGAUAUGUGAGGAACAGGAAAGGUACAGAAAUCUCAAUUGCAACCAUCCAUAAGUGAAAGCAACUUGUUUUGGCUUGCAUAAGUAUUUUUAGUGUUGCUAAUCCAGUGGUUUGUGUGAGACUGAAUCGUUCUUCUCUCUCACUGGAUGUGUUUUGUUUCAGUUUUAAAGAAGCAUGGCAGCGAGAAGUGGCAAUGACUUUGAGCUUGUUAUUCCCGAAAGAGGUGAAAGAGUUAAGAUUACUUCAGGAUCUGCUCUCAUCGUGUCGUGUCACUUGUCUCCUGCAGUCAGUGCCGUUGAUAUGGAGAUUACUUGGCUUGGCCGGAUGUCUUGUAUUUGUGCCUAUAAGAACCGAGAGAUGACACAGGGAGCUGACUAUGAGGGCAGAGCGAGUCUGUUUAUGUAUGACCUGAAGAAAGGGAAUGUGUCCUUAAGACUGGCGGACUUCAGAGAGACCGAUCUGGGGGUCUACAUGUGCCGGGUAUCCAGCAGAAACAAAACACGGCAGAUAAUAAUAAAUGUAGCAGAAGAAGUCUCUGCCAUUUCUAAGGAAAAGCGUGUUACAGUGGAUUACAAGGAAAAAAGAAAUGAAUUACCACUACAGGAAAUGUCAUCAAAUCCAAACUAUAAAGAUAACAAGCUACCUGGGGAUAACAGCCUUGAAAGGAAACCCAAAAUUUCAUAUGAUAGGAAACCAAACAAAAGCCAGCAAAGGGAGAACUUUCAGCUUGUUGUUCCCAGUACAUCAGAAGAACCAGAGGUUUCUUUGGGGUCUGAUUUGAUCGUUCCUUGUUUCCUGUCUCCUGAGAUCAGUGCACUUGACCUUGAGAUAAGCUGGUCUACCGAUACAGCCUGUGUUUGUGUGUAUAAGGACAAGCAGGUGAUAGAAGGGGUUUUGUUCAAGGACAGAGCGAGUCUGUUCACUCACAAGCUUAGGGAAGGAAAUGUGUCCUUACGACUGAAAAACUUCAGGCCAUCAGAUAUAGGAAAUUACCAUUGUCAGGUCAGCGGCAAAGACCGAAGAGAGAGGAUAACAGUAAGAGGUCAUAAGGCCAGAUAUAAAGAACACAACUUCGCAAAAGAUAAUGGGUAG